AUGUGCCCCAAGGUGAGGCGCGGCGGGGCGAGGUGGGAUGAGGUGGGGCGAGGUGGGACGAGGUGGGUGGGGCGGAUGGGUCAGUUGGAGCUAAGGGCUAAGGGCUUGCAUGUUCUGAAAAGGGUGUGUGUGCGUGCUGCGAAAUUGAGCCCUGCAUCUGUUAAAUUAUCUCUCCUGCACCUUGGACUGCCUGCCCUGCUCCCUCCCCUCCCUGUAUUCUCCCUGUAUUUUUCCUUUCACCUUCUGCAUUCCCCUCCCUUCCUCCUUUCACCUCCAGAGCCCUGCGUCUGUCGCCUUGGCGUUGCCCUCUCACGUUUGCCUCGCCUCACCUCCCUCACACUCGCUCACAACGGACUAGAGGCUCUCCCCGAAUCUCUCUCCUCCCUCACCGCCCUCCGCCAUCUCGACCUCUCCCACAACCGCCUCUCCUCUCCGCCCUUCCACCUCACGUCCGCCCUUCCACAUCUCCAGUGA